AUGAGUCAAGCUGAAAUCCGAGCUCAGAAACAACGCGAGCAAAAUGAGCGCCGGCUUUCAGUUCAACGCAACAACGCAUAUUUCUCUAUUCGGUCCCAGAGUGACAGCGAAAGCGCAAAGCCCAAUCCAUCGACCACCCUCAAACCCCCUCAAGAUUCAGGUCAGCGGACUUGUCCUCCAAACUUACCAUUGACGACUCCGAUGGCUUGGAGUGAAGAGUGCGCUUCACCUGUGCCGUAUCACAUUUCACGCCCAACGCUUACAUCAAAUUCGGUAAGCGAUAACAUAUCCCCAAAUAUAGCGGCAACAACAACUAGUACAGUGACAUGUUUUACUACCUCUAUCGCGCCAACAACAACAACAAACACACCGGUACCUGCCGACUGCACAGCGGUGUCAACAGCCCGGCCUAUUCUUGCUGCACAAGCACAAAUUAACUUGAGUACAAGCACUGGUAACAAAGGUAAAGCGCAAGAAAAGUUGGAAAACGAAACAACUAAAAAUGCGGCCAUACAGACUGGAAUGGACCGCUACGUUACAAUAAAAGAAAACUUAGUCCGCAAAAUUCAACGGGCA